AGAAAAUUGUGAAUAAUUGGCCAAUCAGUUUGUGAAUUUAAAUUUUCAGUAUCUCGAUGAUUUUAUAUCGAGCUUUACUCUAAUAUUAAUAGAAGCUUCUAUAUUAAAAGAUAUUCUCUGGCUUGUAGAAACCUAACCACGAUGGCAGUGAGCAGCACCAAGGAUAACCACACCAACGGUUCAUCACCGCCCCAUAUCACGACUGAAAUUUCCUUUACAAAACUCAAGAGUGGACGUCAUUUCAAGUCCACCUCAUCGGGCAGUGUGGAUGUCACAGAGCGAAACUUGGCUUCCGAACUAAACACUAAAUUCAAUCAUGAAGGUUCAUUUCCUUCUAGUGUGUACAGAGCAGAUCACAAUAGGCCACGAUCGCACUACGCAAAGUUCUUGAACCCAGAAAUUUUCAAAAGAAAUUCACAUCUUACCAGCGACACAAAUGUAAUUCAUUUCGGUUACAAAUUUAAAAGUGUUGAUUUCUACAAAGAUGAAAACUCCAAUGCAGAGUCACGUAACUUAAACUUUUACUCCAAAAAUCCCUCUUCAUCGACAUACCCUGGUGCUAAGUUGUGUGCGAGCCACAACAUGUCUUCGACAUACCCUGGUGCAAAGUUGCGUGCGAGUCACAGCACUGGAUUGUUCCUGUCUUCGAAAUACCCUGGUGCAAAGUUGCGUGCGAGUCACAGCACUGGAUUGUUCCUGAGGCUGGUCGUUGUGUUGCUGCUGCUCGUGUCACCGUUGGCUGGAGGGGCGCGGUGCCCCCAGCGCUGUGUGUGUCGUACGGACGACCAGGGACGUAAGGUGGUCGAGUGCGAUGCUGGCAACCUCGGCAGCGCCAUACCGGUCUUUGACAUGGACCGCGACACGCAGGUAUUGGUGAUCACGUCAGAGGAGGAGCAGCCUCGCGUCCUUACGGUUGGGCCGAUCUUCUCGCCGCUGUCACGGCUGGAAGAGGUUCACAUCACCCGUGCUAACGUGCCUGCAAUCGGCGAGAACAGCUUCUGGGGUCUCACCCACCUGCGACUCCUAAACCUCACCCACAACAACGUCAGCUCCAUCCGCGCUCACCAUCUCGCCGGCAUGAGGACCUUGCAGGCCCUUCAUUUGGACUACAACAAGAUCGACUCGGUGUCUUCAGCGACGUUCAUGUCACUGGAGAAGUUGGAGGUCCUGACACUCGCAAACAACCAAUUGAGGGGACUCACGCCGAGGAUGUUCUUCCUAUUGUCAUCCCUCAAGACUCUAGACCUGAGCGGCAACCCCAUCAGGGAGCUGGAUCCAGAAGUACUGAAGGACCUUCCAUCAUUGCGUAUCCUUCGGUGCGCAAAUUGCGAACUCACGAGAAUUCGCGCCCAGGUGUAUAAGAAUGUCAUAGAACUCGAGGAGUUGGAUCUUCGCGAUAACAAGAUUGAAAUUCUAUCAGCUGAAGAAUAUAUUGACCUUAAGUACUUAAAAACCCUUUAUCUCGACGGGAACCGACUUUUUGAGCUUAGAGAUAACAUAUUCAGAGGUCUUGGUUUACGUUUCUUGGGGUUAUCGAGAAAUCACAUGGAGAAAAUAUCUCGUUCUGCUUUUGAAGAUAGCACCGUGUUAGCUUUGGAUUUGUCGUCUAAUAAGCUGGGUUUUUCAGCCAUCCGCCACUUGUACUCUAUUUCUGAGCACAUCCACGAGCUGAAUCUGAGCAACAACAAAAUAAGCCCCCACCAUAUGAGCGAGUUGCUCAAACGAGCAAGUCGGCUCAAGCAGCUCGACUUGAGCCGCAUGCACCUCAAGGCUCUCCCGCCUGACUUCUUCCAGGCUCAAGCCAAACUCGCAAGUCUAAACGUUUCGAAAAAUAAUCUUAAAUUCCUCUCUGUAGAAACUUUGCACUCACUGCCUAAUUUACAAAAACUUGACUUAAGUGAUAAUAAUAUCCAAGGUCUUCCAGAAGUUGUAUUAAGACGUCUAGAUCGAAUUAGUCAGCUAUAUUUGUCGCACAAUCCUUGGAAUUGCGACCAAUGUAACAUUCCUUACAUGAAGACAUGGAUUAACAAUUCCAAAGAGUUUCGAGAUGCAUGUGUCCCAAAUGUUGAUGCCGCGAAUUGUCUGAAGUGUCAGUUGCCAGUCGAGAUGUUCGAUAAACCUAUUAUAGAAGUCGAUGGCUUGUCACUGCAGCCGUGCCCUGAAGGUUCACUCGUCUCGCUCCAUGAAAGUGGCAGCAGCUCCACGUUUACGCUCAUAUUAGUUGUCGCCAUAUCGUCAGUAGUAAUCUUGUUGCUCGUCGUCAUCCUCUUUGUAGGGAUAAUCAUGUACAAUCGCCACUCGGCCUUCUACUAUACGCAUGAAAACGAUGCGCGGUGCCACUUCUACGACAACCCAGGACUACAGUCCAACCACACCGACGUGACCAUGGCAGAAGAUUUGGAUAAGAUCCAGCAGGUGGAAGUUGACGAACCGCUUCCUGAUCCUGAAAUAGGAAGAGUCCCCAAAGAUUCAUUCUUACCAGACUCUGUGGACGCUGAUGAACCAUCAGUUGAAGCUUCAGCCGAACUCCAACAAACCCUUCGCCUCGCCAUCGAACGUAGAAAAAAAAGGAAAGCCCCCAUGCCGAACGCGACGUCAUGAAAAAUAGCGAAACAGAAAGAUGUUUAGUCCAGUGUCGUUUACUUGUAAGGAUCAAGACACGCUGAAUGCUCUGUUGUAACGGUUAUCAAAUUAUAACAUCAGGUACUGUAAAUAAUUUGUGUACAACUGCGAUACCGCAAAAUCUCUGCUAGCAUCGCCGCGCGUAAUUGCGUGGUCAUUAUUGUGCCUAUAUGUCUAGAUAUCAUAGAAAUAGAACUUGCUAACGUGAUGAUUUUCAUAUUGCUAAAGUACCUUGAAAAUUCAAAACCAGCAGUUUUUUUACUUCUUAAUCUUUGGCAGACAUGAAUUAUUUUACCACAUUCUGACAUUUCAAAAAAUUCACUUGCUAUUUGGAACUGAAAGUGUUUCAUAAUAAUUUUACUGAUAUAUUUUAUGACAUGCAUUACGAUCAGAAGCAACAAAAACUUAUCAUUUAAAUUUUACACCUUUCAGCAAUGUAUCAUCUGAAAGAAUUUGAAUUGGAAUUCGCUGAAAAAUCUGUUAGCUGACCCGACAUUUUUAAUCGAAUAACGUAUGCCUGUUCAACGGCUCAAAAACUCAUUCAUUUUAAAAUUUUCGUUCGUUAGUUCUGUGAUCCGACUAUGUGCGAAUGUUAUUUUAGGGAUGUUUUCAACGUACAAUAGUAAUUGUUGAUAUUUUUGACGACGACAGUGCGUUACAACAGAAAAAUCCAGCAAUACCAUGUCACACUGCAUUUAAAAUUAUUUAAACUUCAAUUAAAAUCAAUUAUACAUGAAUUAAAAUUAUUUAAACUUAAAUUAAAAAUAUAAAUGUCAUAUUUACUUGCGUUUUCGUAGCACUGCAAUUAACACAUUAACAAUUUUACGUUGGAGUUGCCAUAACAUAUAAUCAUAGUGUAAAUCAGGGAUAUAGAUGUCAGGAUGUAUCAACUCUUAUCUUGACAUCAGAUUAAGAGCUCUAUCAGCUGAGCCAGCAGUAAAGUGAGGCAUGAAAUUCAAUCUUUAUUCUAUAAGUUGUCUUCACCUGGUUUGUGAUAGGUCGUUGUGUACAGGUGAUCCGGGGCGCCUGCGCUACUAUCAUCCAAGUAGGAAGUCUUCCAGAGUUUUUAUGCUAGUCUUGUUGCUGUAACUUUUCCAAAGUUCGAAUUUUGCAAAAUCUUGUAUCUCUGGGGACAUUCCUAAGUGUUGCAUAACAAUGUAUCAGUUCUGUAGGUUACAAAUAAUAGUGUUAUGAACAGUUGCAACGCUAGAGAACAUUGUUUGGAAUUCAAUCGAGAGAGCGCAACCGCAUGCAUAGAACUUAAAUUUCCCACCCGUCUAUGUAGCGUCUGCUGUACUAAUCUCUCCUACCUGACCUUGCUUCCCUCUUCUCUUACCAAGACUAAGGAAUACAUGAUGCUGGGCAGCUAGUCGAUACAAAGGCCUGACUGCUGAAUGUCUUCUCAGGGCCAUUUCACCCUAAAUCUAAAUAGGCUCUAGUCGUGCGAGCCAACUCGUUCCCAACUACAAUCAGUGUUAAUGUAAAAUUAAAUGUCACACAUGCACAUAAUACACAUGCACAUACACAUCAAGUGUAUGCUGUGUAUAAGUUGUUUCUAUGAUGAUUUUCUAUCCCUCGUAGCUCCUAUAUAUGCUGCGUGAGUGCACUCGAAUGAAGAUUCUAAUUUGAUAUAAUAAUUAUUCGACUUUUAAAGGAGACUGGAAGGAUUAAAAUCAGAACCGACAGUUGAAAACAGUAAUGAGUUGAAAACAGUCAUCUUUCUAAUAAGGUAGCAAUUCUAGAAUAUCGGCUGAUGAGUUCUGAAAUGUAAAAAUAUGUGUAAC